AUGUUUCCUCUAUUCCUUUGUUUCGCGGGAUACGCGCUUGCUCAGAUGAAUCCCAGAAAGCUGGGAUGCGAGAGAAUGGUAACAAAUUAUGCGUUGUACGUAUUAAAAUGCGAGUGCUUCUACAGUAUGGCGAGUACGGUAACAUGGACACCGUGUUCCUCAAUGCUUUGCAACCCGGCGAUCGGUUCAUUGUCGACGGAGUCGUUUCUACGAGCCCUGGAAUGUAAGGCAGUUUAUUCGAAAGAUUCAAUGAGUCCGAGUUCAGAAUAAGCAUCAACUUGGUUAUUAUCAACGUCACCAACGACAUUGCAAUCCAUUUCCGAAAUGAUAUCAACACGAGGCCCACCACCAUUUACGACGCGUUCAUCAACGGAAGAUGGACGGGUCAGGAGUUCGCUCCGCAGCCGUUCCGGGCUGGACAGCCCUAUAACCUCGCUUUCGUGUAAGUGUGCUCAUCGAUUUUACUCUCCCAAAUAUUCGUGACUUCCAGAUACACCGGCCUCAUUUUCGAUGUGUUCUUCAACCAGAUUCGCAUCUACUCGUUCCGUCUCAGAACUCCCAGUUGGUACCCGAUCGGCGUGGCCCACGUGUCCGGCAGCCACAGGACCAAUUACAUCGAGCUGCAGUGCAAGAACCCGCCGACGAGUGCACCGCCUAUGAGAGGAGAUCAUGGUCAUGGUCAUGGUCAUGGACACGGCAAAGAUUCCUCUUCGGACAGCAGUGAGGAGUGCGAAGAUUGA